GGGCCACACAAUCUUGGGCCUGAGCCCAAACCAAUACCAGUCCAACUCGCUGUCCAACUCAGAAUUCGUGGAAAUAAACACCUUCAUAGAAUCACCGUUCACCGUUUUCUGCUGUGUUUCAAUUCAAUUUCAAUGGCAACUGAAAACAAAUCGAAGCCAAACAAUCCUAACAAAACUGACAAGAAAAGGAAGCAGUAUCUUCCGCACAAUAGGCCAGUGAAAAAGGGGAAAUACGCAUUGUGCCCAGGAGUACAGGGGUUCUUUAUAACGUGUGAUGGUGGAAGGGAACACCAAGCCUCAAACGAAGCCAUUAAUGUUAUUGACUCCUUCUAUGAAGAUCUUGUAAAUGGGACAGAGACAACAAGUGAACAAGCAGAAUUAUCUAAGAAGCCCUUGAAUAAAGUAAUCAAAUUCACGUACUCUGAUUCCUCCAGCAGUGAUGAUGAUGACAACGAUGAUCAUCAUGAGGAUGAGAGCAAUGUUCGACCAAAGGAGGAAGAAAACAAACAUGCUAUUGCAACAGGCACUGAUGUAAAUAAUGAAAAUCUUAUAAAAGAAGAGUCAGGACAUCAAAAGGAGGAUGGCAUAUCGAGUGAGAAGCAAGCACAUGAAAAUAAAGAGAAAACUGAUGACCAAGAAGUUAUAGCUAUUGAGUCAGCAGCAGCUAAGAAGCAACGUACAGAAAAUGAUGCAUCAAAGUGUCGAGACUUAUCAAAUAAGUUAGAAAAGAAAUCUGUUGAUAGGCUUAUUGAAGACGAGCUUGCAGAAUUAGGAGACAGAAGCAAGAGGCGCUUCAGCAGCCUUGACUCAGGGUGUAAUGGUGUUGUCUUUGUACAAAUGCGUAAAAGAGAUGGAGAUCCCUGCCCAAAAGAUAUUGUCCAACACAUGAUGACGUCUCUGGCUUCAACUAGGAAACAUGUGUCAAGGUUCCUGCUAAGAGUGCUUCCAAUUGAAAUAACAUGCUAUGCAUCUGAUGAAGAAAUCAGAAGAGCAAUCAAACCGGUCAUUGAACAGUUUUUUCCCAUAGAAACUCAGAACCCGCUUAAGUUUGCGGUACUCUAUGAUGCUCGUGCAAAUACUGGUGUUGACAGAACAAAAAUCAUCGACGCAGUUGCGAAAUCUGUUCCGUCAGCUCACAAAGUUGAUCUUAGCAACCCAGAUGUGAGCAUAGUUGUGCAAAUUGUCAAAACCAUAUGCUUGAUUGGGAUUGUUGAGAAGUACAAGGAAUUGGCCAAGUACAAUGUGAGAGAGCUCACAUCUUCAAAGUAAUAAGCUUAGCAUUCUUGAGUGCUUGACUGCCUAGGUAUUUAGGCUGUAUCUUUCUUUAAAUGAUGCUAGAUCUUUGGAAGACAAUUUUGAAGGCUUGUUGUUUAUGAUAAUCAAGGGAUUAGAGAUGAUGCUUGAUGCUGGGCUUACAAAUAGUGAUCAAACUAUUUAUGUAAGAAGGGGAUUUUCCUUGUAAAAUUUAGAGCGCGAUCAUCGUACAGCUUUAUACAGAGAGGAAGACAAUUUAUAUUGUUGAGAA